CUCCCGAAAUAAAACCAAGUUCAUCUGCCACCCGUUACCUGUUUCUUAGAAACCGAUACCCGGAACUUAAAACAACAGCCUUUUUGACUUCGCAUUAGCCUUCGCCUCGACUUGAGAUACCCAACCACCAUUGAUACCCAUACCUACCUUCGACACCUAAUACCCAGACCUAUUCCAUUUCGCAAUUAUGUCUCAUCUCCCCUCCGAGCCCGAGUUCGAGCAGGCCUACAAAGAGCUUGUGGCCACUCUCGAGGAUAGCUCUCUAUUCGAAGCGCAUCCCGAGUACCGAACCGCGCUGAAAGUCGUUUCUAUCCCCGAGCGCAUUGUCCAGUUCCGAGUCGUCUGGGAAGACGACAAGGGCAACCUUCAAGUGAACCGUGGAUUCCGUGUCCAGUUCAACUCCGCGCUCGGCCCUUACAAGGGCGGAUUGCGAUUCCAUCCUACCGUCAACCUAUCAAUCCUGAAGUUCCUCGGCUUCGAGCAGAUCUUCAAGAAUGCCUUGACCGGAUUGAACAUGGGUGGGGCUAAGGGAGGAGCCGACUUCGACCCCAAGGGCAAGAGCGACAACGAGAUUCGACGAUUCUGCGAGGCGUUCAUGCGACGACUAUGCCAGCACAUCGGUGCCGCGACCGACGUCCCCGCUGGUGAUAUUGGUGUUGGAGGCCGAGAGGUCGGCUACCUGUUCGGCGCCUACCGCAGGGAGCGAAACAAGUGGGAAGGCGUCCUCACCGGCAAGGGUCUAACCUGGGGUGGCAGCUUAAUCCGACCAGAGGCUACCGGCUACGGCCUCAUCUACUACGUCGAGCACAUGAUCGCCCACGUCGGCAAGGGCGGCUUCAAGGGCAAGCGCGUGGCCAUCUCGGGAUCCGGCAACGUCGCGCAGUACGCCGCCCUAAAAGCCAUCGAGCUAGGCGCGACCGUGGUCUCGCUGUCGGACUCGAGGGGCGCGCUGAUCGCCGAGGGCGACGCGCAUUUUACGCCCGCGCACAUCGAGGAGAUCGCGGCCAUCAAGCUCGACCGCAAGGCUAUCACGGAGUGGUCCGGCGCCGCCAAGGCGCAGCAGUUCAAGUACAUCGAGGGCGCGCGGCCGUGGACGCACGUCGGCAAGGUGGAUAUCGCGCUACCGUGCGCGACGCAGAACGAGGUCAGUAGGGAGGAGGCCGAGGCCCUGGUUAAGGCCGGCACGCAGUUCGUGGCCGAGGGGUCUAAUAUGGGGUGCACGCAGGCGGCCAUCGACGUGUUCGAGGCUGCUAGGAAGGGGGCCGCGGCUGGUGCUGGAGGGGCGAUCUGGUACGCGCCCGGCAAGGCGGCGAACGCGGGUGGUGUAGCCGUGUCCGGGCUCGAGAUGGCGCAGAAUAGCAGCCAGAUCAGCUGGACUAGGGAGGAGGUCGAUGAUAGGCUUAAGGGUAUCAUGAAGGAUAUCUUCGACCAGAGCAUCGAGAAGGCGACGAAGUAUGUCAAGGCUAAGGAUGGGGAGCUGCCUAGCUUGGUUGCUGGUGGGAAUAUUGCGGGUUUCAUUAAGGUCGUUCAGGCUAUGCAUGACCAGGGCGAUUGGUGGUGAGGGAUGCUCGUAUGAGAACGACUGAGUAAGGUUGCUAGAUGCUAGGGUGCUUGGGGGGGUGGGGGGUGAAGGAUCGCGGCUGCAUAUGCGUGCGAGGAGGCACGUAUACGCGGAAUCUAGAUUGAAGAUUGGAGACCAAAUGGCCCGCGACCUACUUGCCUGCAUAC